AUGGCUAAUAUUCGUAUAUUUGUCUUUUUAUUGGUUUUAUUGAUUAUCGUCAAUUGUGCAUUAACUCAAGCACGAGAUGUUAAUAGUUUUUCUCAUCGUGAAAAAAGAUUAUUUGCUUGCGCUGCAAUUGGCAAAAGGUGUUCAGGUGUUUUUGGUAAAUCGUGUUGUGGUGGUUUAGUAUGUCAUAGAACAUGGGGAAAAUGUGUACGUAAAGGUUCAGCAACCUCGUGGCUCGGCGAUCGAAAUGGAAAAUAA